GGGCACUGCGGCUGGCCCCGGAUCGGGAGCCAGAGCGGCAGCGGCUUCGGCAGCAGCUUGGCCCGGGCCGAUGCAGCGGGACGCACCGCCCCGAGCCCCAGCCCCAGCGCCGCGGCUUCCCGCGCCCCCCAUCGGGGCUGCCAACAGCAGUGGCGGCGGCGGAGGCGGGGGCAGCGGCGGCGGCGGAGGCGCCUCAGCAGCUCCGGCUCCCCCUGGCCUCCCGGGAACUACAAGUCCCAGGGGGCCUGGCGGCGGGCGGAAACCGGAAGAGGUGGGGUCGGCGCCUCGAGGCCGGAAGUGGCCGUGGAGGCGGAAGUGGCGCGGCCGCGGAGGGGCCUGGAGUGUGGCGGGACCGGGAACGGCGGGAGCUGCGGCUGGGGGCGGUGGCGGCGCGCUGGAAGCGGCCAUGGCCAAGCAGUAUGACUCCGUGGAAUGCCCCUUCUGUGAUGAGGUCACCAAAUACGAGAAACUUGCCAAGAUCGGCCAAGGCACUUUCGGGGAGGUGUUUAAGGCCAGACACCGCCAGACCGGCCAGAAGGUGGCUCUGAAGAAAGUACUGAUGGAGAAUGAGAAGGAGGGGUUCCCCAUUACAGCCUUGCGGGAAAUCAAGAUCCUGCAGCUUCUUAAACAUGAGAAUGUGGUCAACCUGAUUGAGAUUUGUCGAACCAAAGCCUCCCCCUAUAAUCGCUGCAAGGGCAGCAUCUACCUGGUGUUUGACUUCUGUGAGCAUGACCUUGCUGGGCUGCUAAGCAAUGUCUUAGUCAAGUUCACAUUGUCUGAGAUCAAGAGAGUGAUGCAGAUGCUCCUCAAUGGCCUCUACUACAUCCACAGGAACAAGAUCCUGCACAGGGACAUGAAGGCUGCCAAUGUGCUCAUCACCCGGGAUGGGGUCCUGAAGCUGGCAGAUUUUGGGCUGGCCCGUGCCUUCAGCCUGGCCAAGAAUAGCCAGCCCAACCGCUAUACCAACCGUGUGGUGACACUGUGGUACCGGCCCCCGGAGCUGUUGCUCGGGGAGCGGGACUACGGCCCGCCCAUUGACCUGUGGGGUGCUGGGUGCAUCAUGGCGGAGAUGUGGACUCGAAGCCCUAUCAUGCAGGGCAAUACGGAGCAGCACCAGCUUGCCCUCAUCAGCCAGCUCUGUGGCUCCAUCACCCCAGAGGUGUGGCCAAACGUGGACAAGUACGAGCUGUUUGAGAAGCUGGAGCUGGUCAAGGGCCAGAAGCGGAAGGUAAAGGACAGGCUGAAGGCCUAUGUACGGGAUCCCUAUGCCCUGGACCUCAUUGACAAGCUGCUGGUGCUGGACCCUGCCCAGCGCAUUGACAGUGACGACGCCCUUAACCACGACUUCUUCUGGUCAGACCCCAUGCCCUCGGACCUCAAGGGCAUGCUCUCCACUCACUUGACAUCUAUGUUUGAGUACCUGGCGCCUCCACGCCGGAAGGGUAGCCAGAUCACCCAACAGUCCACCAACCAGAGCCGAAAUCCAGCCACUACCAACCAGACGGAAUUUGAGCGUGUCUUCUGAGGCAGGUGCUGAGCACUCUUCUUCCUUGGGGCUGGUUGGUGGUGGAUUGCUUCCUCUGCUAUGUGACUUGCACUGUGACAGGAUGGGACAGUUGAGAUUUUUCUCCUCCAGCACGUUUACUCCCUACUCUGGGCACGGGGAACAACUGCCUGAGUGGACUGGAGUGGAACUUUGGCUUCGAGGCCAGGAGGGUGCCAGGCCGCUUUGCGUGCCCCUUUCUGGAUUUCUGUGCACCAUCUGGAGGGACUCCAUUUAGCUUGGACAAGAAGUGAGGUGGAGAGGCUUACCUACCAGUGACAUUCUUGGAGCUCCUUGCAUGAUGGGAGGAGGGCAAAAGUCCCUCAUCAUCCCCAGCCCUUCCCUCAGGAUGAGGAGUUUGGGGGACAGAGGCACGUGGAAAUGGACUACUCUUGGUGUAGUCCUCAGCAGCACGGGAGUGGUGAGAACUCUUGGUUUCUUCAAGAGGAUAAUUUUAUCAUGUUUUGUUCAGUUCAGAGAUAUUCCUGGAUACAGUUUGGUCAGUUAACAUUAAAAGUCAAUUUUUUUCCAGUAA